AUGUCUUCCUGUUCUGAAAUUGAAUUUGAAUUAUCGGACUUAGAAGAAGGUAAUUUAAUUGAUUGCCUUCUUACAGUAACCACAAUUGGAACUGGAACGUUUGGAAAAGUACAAUUAUGUAGGCAUAAAGUAAAUGGCAAAUAUUACGCAUUAAAAUCUAUGAAUAUUAAACAUCUUAUUGAAAACAGACAAGUAGAACAUGUUUUUAAUGAAAAAAAAAUAUUAAUAUCAAUACGCCAUCCAUUUAUUGUUAGGUUAUAUGAAACUUUUAAGGAUAAGAUAAAUCUUAAUAUGAUUAUGGAAUUUCUUCCUGGAGGUGAAUUAUUUUCCUACUUAAGAACUAUGAAAACAUUUCCUAGUUCAAUGGCAAAAUUUUAUACAGCAGAGAUUACAUUGGCACUUGAAUAUCUUCAUAAAUCUUCUAUUGCUUAUCGUGAUUUAAAACCAGAAAAUUUAAUUCUUGAUCAUGAGGGUCAUAUAAAAUUGACAGAUUUUGGAUUUUCUAAAAGAAUUAUUAAUAAAUCUUACACAACUUGUGGAACAACUGAAUAUUUAGCUCCUGAAAUAAUAGAACAUACCGGACAUAAUAUUUCAGUAGAUUGGUGGGCUUUAGGAAUCUUAAUAUAUGAAAUGAUGACUGGUGAUCCACCUUUUCCAGGAGAAAAUGUAAAAGAAUUUUAUGAACAAAUAAAAAAUUAUGAAAUAAUGUCUUUUCCACCAAAAAUUUUUUCAAUAAAUGCAAAAAAUAUAAUAUCUAAAUUAUUGAAAAAAGAUCCUAGUAAAAGAUUAGGUUGUGGACCAAAAGAUGCUGAAGAAGUUAAGACACACCCAUGGUUUAGUAAUUAUGAUUGGGAAUUAUUAUAUCAAAAAGGUAUUCCACCACCGGUAGUGCCAACAUUAUAUCCAGUUGCUGGAAAUUUUGAUAGUUAUAAUGAUGAUGAUAAUUUUUUAAAAGAAAAACCAUCUCAAUCAGAUUUGGCAAUAUUUGAAGAUUGGUAA